GUGUGGGAGAGAGAGCGAUGCCGGCCCUAGUUGUGUUCCAGCGACGAUGGAGGAUUGGAAGUGACGAUCUGGUCAUCCCGGGCAUCAUAGAAGUGUUACUGCGUGCAGGAUGGCUGGGGUUGACACUGACCCUCAUGGUGCACCACGAAUCAGAUACUUCCAAGUGUAUGAGCGGCAGCCACCUCCUGCGCGUGUAUCUCAUAGGUAGUUUGGUCAUCCUGUGGGUGACGUUACUCAUCACCUUGGUGUUGGUGUACUUCAGCAGUAGAGGCACCAUCAUGAACACGGCCCCUCGUAAACACGUGUCUUCCCUCAUUGUUAUAAG